CAUUAGUGAAUUAUUUUUCUGUAAUAAAUGAGUACAAUAAACACUAAGAGAUAUCUAGUCACUAUAAUCAUACAAUAUUUAGUACUAUUUUUUGAUAUUUUCGUUAAUUCGUUUGCUACAUUCUCCCGAGCGAAUCCAAUUAAUUUAUUAGUUCUCUACGUGGCUCAAGAUAUUUGUCUUAUUAUGACUAUCACACUUUUACUAGUUAACUUCUUUUCCACUUACAUUUUUCAGAUAGGAUUAAUACAAUUAUUAUAUACAAAAUUUCGUGUAACAUUAAUAUUGUGUAUCAUAUAUAUGGUAUUAAGCAUUAGUUUACAUACAUGGGACAUUAAAGUGCACUGGUCAUCACCUCUCAAAUACUAUUGGACUAAAGAUUUUCAUAUUUUUUACUCAUUGCAUAGAGGAGGUAACAUCUUUUCAAUCAAAUUUAUGUACAUAGUAUUAUUACAGUUAUUUCAUGUUCAGUUGCAGUUUUACACUAUUAUUUCUAUAAAAGGGCAUCUCUUAGAAUCGCAGAUCCAAGAUUCUAUGAAAGUUCAACGUGGAUUCAAAACCAGUUCAGCCUGUCAUAAUAUUUAUUAUCAAGUGUUACGAAAGAAAUUAACAAAAAUUUUUCACCUGUAA